GAAGAAGACUGGCCACAAAGUACUCAUAACUAAAUUAUUGUAUUCCACACAUACAACAAGGACCUUUGAGGCCCUGCUAGUCCUAACCUUCCUGCCUAUUUCAAGUCCACCUUGCACACAACCAAGCUUGCAUCUUACUACUACAGCUUUUCUAUUGUAACCUUUUUUCGUAUACAAUGGCUUGCUGCUGUGGAGAGGACGAGACAGAAACUAAGGAGGGACUUGUCAUCAACAGGAAGUGCCGCGAUGUCCUGUGUCUGCUCUUCUUCGGCGCGUUCUGGGUCGGGAUGUUCAUUAUAUGUGGAAUAGCAUUUAGAGACGGCCAACCCAACCGGCUCUUAUAUGGCGUUGACUCCUAUGGAAUGACGUGUGGUACAAAGAAUACCCUCUUCAACUUGACCUUUGACCUGACGGACGCUAAGAACAUGCACUGGCUCAACCCGCUCGACCUGCUAAGUUCGACGGGGUUAUUAUACGCCAAGACGGUAUGCGCCACGAGCUGCCCCGGGGCAGCCCGUGUAUGCUCAAGCGACAAUCUGCCUUGCUACAAUGGGACCCAAUUCAUGUGCCCGUACUACCGGUUUGCGGAGGACGGCCUCUAUGGAAGCAUUCCUGGAGUGGCCAACACAAGCACCAUGUACUUCGACGAUUUGGCACGGAUUACCAACAUCACGGAUUCAACCGCGGCCUCUUACGUGUCGAAAAUUAAGAGCCUCGGCGGAGUCUUUACGACGGAGGCCACGGCCCUCCAGAACAACCUCACGGGCAAAUACUACCAGAUGAAGUCGGAGUUCCCUGGAAACGGGCCCUGCUACCCUAUUCUGUUUGAGACCGAGGAGUUCUUUUACAGGUGCUUCCCGAACAUCCCCUCCAACGUUACUUCCAAGCUGACCAAGGCGGUGGCUGGUGCAGUGAGCUCGACAGUGGAUAGCUCUGCGGUCAAGAAUGUCGCUAAACAAUGGCAGAGCAGCAGCCAGCGAUGGAGCCGCUACGUGGGUGACAUCAGCCGCGGCGUGCUCGUGAUCGUGAUUGGCGGCCUGGUGGGCGGCUUGGUGCUCUCGAUGUUCUGGCUGCUGAUCCUUCGCUACCUCGGCGGCCUGAUGGCGUGGCUGGCCAUCCUGUUUGUGAACCUCGCCUGCAUUUUUGUGUGCCUCUUCACCUGGGUCAAGGCAGGAUACAUCAGCAACAGCGCUGUUGGCCAGGAAAUCUUGGAUGCGCUGCCUGUGGAUAUCAACCCAGCGGAGAGCGAGCGGAAGACAUGGUUGUAUAUUGCGAUCGGCACGUCAGUCGUCGCGGGGCUUGUGCUCCUAAUUACGCUGCUAUGCAUCACGCGCAUCAGGAUUGCAAUCGCUUGCAUUAAGGUGGCAAGCCAAGCAGUGGGCGCCAUGCCGUCCAUCAUCUUGUUCCCGCUGCUUCCCUUCAUCUUCGAGGUCGGCCUCGUCAUUUACUGGGUGGCGGUUACGGCACUGUUGUACAGCAGCGGCGACUUAGUCGCCAACUGUCGAAACCCGAACAUCAAACAGAGCUUUUCAUUCAGUCAGUACACCAACGUUUCAAACGUGGUUGACACCGUAAACAACUUUAACCCGACGGAUGCGUUGGUGAGCAGCUUGAACUCCACAACCGCUGCGGUCAACGGCUCAACCACCAACUGCUACACAAACUUCACAACCGACCAGCGUGCCUACCUCUGCGGUAACGACCCCAACUGCUACCUGUCAUACGACUGGAACAACCAGCUCAAGUACGCCUUCAUCUACCACUUCUUUGGCCUCCUCUGGACGAACCAAGUCAUUGUCGGUUUCUCAUGCGUCACCAUUGCGGGAGCUGUGGGCCACUACUACUGGUCUCGCGGGGAGUCCGCGGGCAUGCCCGCGUUCCCCGUGCUGUCGGCCCUCAAGAAUACCGUCGUCUACCACAUGGGCUCCAUCUGCUUCGGUGCCGCCAUUAUCGCCAUCAUCCAGCUUAUCAGGGCUAUCCUGGAGUACAUCGAUCGGAAAACGAAGGAGCUCCAAGCGCAAAACAAGUUUGCCGAAUGGGCCAUGUGCAUUGUCAAGUGUUGCAUGUGGUGCAUCGAGCAGAUCGUCAAGUUCAUCAACAGGAACGCCUACAUCAUGAUUGCCAUCAAGGGCAAGGGCUACUGCUGCUCCGCCGCCGAUGCCAUCAAGCUGCUCGUCUCGAACGCCCUGCGGGUAGCCGUUGUGAACAUGAUCUCCGACAUCCUCAUCUUCUUGGGCAAGAUCUCGGUGGCUGCGACGGGCGGCAUCAUUGCGUACGCGAUGACCGAGGCCAAGUACUACAACUCCCAGGAGCAGUACCCGGAGACGUACCUGUACAGCCCCGUACUUGUCAUUGCCAUCUCCGUCAUUGUCGCCUUCAUCGUGGCAGAGAUCUUCUUUGCUGUGUACGAAAUGGCAAUCGACACCGUCAUCCUGGCCUUCUGCGCGGAUUGCGAUCAGCACAACGGCGAGCCCAAGUUCGCCCCGAAGUUGCUAGCCGAAGUAAUGGGAAGCGUGGCUGUUCCGGAUGAAGCGCAAAAGCCCCAAAAGGCGUGAUGGAGGGGUUGGUAGGUAAUACCAUGAUUCGCGAACAUUCUGUUGUCUUACGGAGCAGCAACGUUUUGCUGGCUAGACUUAAGACAGUAGCGCAUGACGCUUGGCAGUAAUAACAUGCAUUAACUUGGGGGAUUGCAUGGGUCUGCAUUGCUAAGGUGAUCAUACUUAAGGGGAUACGUAUGGGUUAACCGGAUUGCACAGUGCCAAGAUGUGCAACCCAUGUGCAUGCGCACGUCUGGGCGGAGGAUUGUAGACAGGGACUGUAGCCGGCAGCUGUCACACCGGACGUGACCCUUACCUAAUGUGCAGUGCUGCUUUAGCAGCAUACAUUGAUGCACUGAAUAGGAAUAGUGAGCUUCUGCGGUCCAGAGGGAUAGGUUUGGAAUGACAAAAAGCGUGAUUAGGGUUGUUGGACUCUCAUCACACUGAUGCCUUGGAGCUGAGUGCUCACAAGUGAGUGAUACGGCGCCGUUCUAUGUGCUACUUGUGAUCGUACGCGCAUCGGAGACCUGCUUUUUGGUCCCUUGGGUGUUUUGUUUAUGUAUAUAUAUGUUUCGGCGUGAAAGGGCGUUCGCCGCCCUGCAUCGCUUUCCGCUGCCCUAGUGGCAGCGUUGAGAAGCUUCGUACUCUCGUAAAUAGGUUCGUACUGUUAACGGUACCAUAACGCGCGGUUUGGCAUAUUGCGGUGCGGGAUGUUGCGUUACCGCAUGCAUUGUCGCUGACAACAGUGGCAGCGUCGGCGAGUAAGGACCCCCAAUCAAGGGUCUUGGAGGUGUAAACUUUAGGGUGUUUUCGUCGAAUAAUGGUUCAGUGGCUGGAGCAAAUGCCGCCUGCACUAUACA